AUGGCGAAGGUAGAAAACAAGGCGGUGUUGAUUGUUAUCGAUGGCUGGGGAAUUCCAGGCCCCGAUUCCCCCAAGGAUGGUGAUGCCAUUGCCGCUGCUGAGACCCCGGUGAUGUCUGGCUUCGCUCAGGAGGGAUCCAAGACCGCCCAGGGAUACACCGAGAUUGAUGCCUCUUCCACUGCCGUUGGCCUUCCGGAGGGCCUCAUGGGCAACAGUGAAGUCGGCCACCUGAACAUCGGUGCCGGACGAGUUGUGUGGCAGGACGUUGUCCGCAUUGACCAGACCUUGAAGAAGGGCCAACUGGGCAAAGUCGAGAACAUCGUCAAGUCGUUCGAGAAUGCAAAGAAUGGAAACGGAAGACUCCAUCUGCUUGGUCUUAUCUCCGAUGGUGGAGUGCAUUCUCACAUCAACCAUCUGUUUGGCUUGCUUCAGGUAGCAAAGGAUAUGGGCGUGCCAAAGGUCUUCAUCCACUUCUUCGGCGAUGGAAGAGAUACAGACCCAAAGAGUGCAGCGGGAUACAUGGAAAAACUGCUGCAGAAGACCCAAGAGCUAGGUGUAGGUGAACUAGCUACCGUCGUUGGCCGAUACUAUGCCAUGGACCGUGAUAAGCGAUGGGACCGCAUCGAGGUCGCCAUGAAGGGUAUUGUCACCGGGGAGGGUGAGGAGAGCCACGAUGCUGUCAAGACGAUCAAGGAGAGGUACGAUAAGGGUGAAAAUGAUGAGUUCUUAAAGCCAAUCAUCUUCGGUGGCCAGGAACGCAGAGUCCAAGACAAUGAUACCCUCUUCUUCUUCAACUACCGCUCAGACCGUGUCAGAGAAAUCACACAGCUCCUGGGAGAUGUGGAUCGGUCUCCAAAGCCAGACUUCCCUUACCCCAAGAGCAUUUCUAUCACCACCAUGACCAGAUACAAGACCGACUAUACCUUCCCAAUUGCUUUUGCCCCCCAACAUAUGGGUAACGUCCUUGCCGAGUGGUUGAGCAAGAAGCAGCUUAAGCAAUGCCACAUUGCUGAGACUGAGAAGUAUGCCCACGUCACCUUCUUCUUCAACGGAGGUGUUGAGAAGCAAUUCGAAGGCGAAGACAGAGAGAUGAUACCCUCUCCCAAGGUUGCAACUUAUGAUCUCGACCCUAAGAUGAGCGCAAAGCCAGUUGGAGAGAAGCUUGCGGAAAGAAUCGCCGACGGCAAGUACGAAUUCUUGAUGAACAACUUUGCUCCGCCAGACAUGGUUGGCCAUACCGGUGUCUAUGAAGCCGCCAUUAAGGGUGUGGCUGCCACCGAUGCUGCCAUCGGAUGCGUCUAUGAAGCCUGCAAGAAACAUGGAUACAUCCUAUUCGUCACUGCUGAUCACGGAAACGCCGAGGAGAUGAAGAACGCAGAUGGAACACCUAAGACUUCUCAUACCACUAACUUUGUUCCAUUCGUCAUGGCAAACGCUCCUGAAGGCUGGAGUUUGAAGAAAUCAGGGGGUGUUCUUGGUGACGUUGCUCCCACAGUUCUUGCGGCCAUGGGUAUUGAGCAGCCAGAGGAAAUGGACGGCACUAGCUUGCUUGUCAAGGCAUAG